UGGCGAUUCGACAACUUCCCGAAUUAGUUACAUGGGCCUCCCCCAGGGCUCAUGUUUAAGUCCUCUCUUAUAUAAUUUUUACGUCAAUGACAUCGAUGAAUGUCUUGCAAAUUCAUGCACGCUAAGGCAACUUGCAGACGAUAGCGUUGUAUCCAUUACUGGUGGCAAGGCUAGCGACCUGCAAGGACCAUUGCAAGAUACCUUAGACAAUUUGUCUGAAUGGGCUCUUAAGCUGGGUAUCGAAUUCUCUCCGGAGAAAACUGAGCUGGUCGUUUUUUCUAGGAAGCAUAACCCAGCUCAGCUGCAGCUCCUACUAACGGGUAAAACGAUCUCUCAGGUUUUAGUCGCUAAAUAUCUCGGGGUCUGGUUCGACUCCAAAUGCACCUGGGCUUGUCAUAUUAGGUAUCUGACACAAAAAUGCCAACAGAGGAUUAAUUUUCUUCGUACGAUUACCGGAACUUGGUGGGGUGCUCACCCAGGAGACCUUCUAAGGUUAUACCAAACAACGAUAUUGUCAGUUCUUGAGUACGGCUGUUUCUGCUUUCGCUCCGCCGCGAACACGCACAUUAUAAAAUUAGAGAGAAUACAAUAUCGUUGUUUGCGUAUUGCCUUGGGUUGCAUGCAGUCGACCCAUACGAUGAGUCUUGAAGUGCUAGCGGGUAUUCUUCCGUUGAAACAUCGUUUUUGGAAUCUCUCUUACCGGUUGCUAAUUCGAUGCACAGUUAUGAACCCAUUAGUAAUUGAAAAUUUCGAGAGGUUGGUCGACCUUCAAUCUCAAUCCAGAUUUAUGACUUUAUAUUUUGACUAUAUGGCUCAAGAUAUUAAACCUUCUUCAUACGAUUCCUCCAAUGUCGCACUUUUAGCUACUUCUAAUAAUGCUAUAUUCUUCGACACCACCAUGAAACAAGACAUUUCUGGUAUCCCGGAUCAAUUGCGACCCCAAGAGAUCCCUAAGAUUUUUUCCAAUAAGUUUAAACAUGUUAGUUAUGAUAAAAGCUUUUACACUGACGGAUCUAAUCUAGAUGAGUCCACUGGCUUCGGUGUUUUCCACGAAAAUUUUACCGCCUCCUACAAACUCGAUGCUCCUGCUUCCGUGUACGUCGCAGAACUUGCUGCUAUUCAGUACUCUCUUGGAAUCAUCGAAACCCUACCCAUAGACCACUACUUCAUCUUCACAGAUAGUCUCAGUGCCAUUGAGGCUCUGCGAUCAAUGAAGCCUGCGAAGCACACCCCGUAUUUCCUGGGGAAAAUACGGCGGUUUUUAAGUGCUUUAACAGAUAAAAAUUACCGGGUUACCUUAGCGUGGGUCCCUUCUCAAUGCUCGAUUCCGGGUAACGAAAAGGCUGACUCUUUAGCUAAGGUGGGUGCUAUUGACGGCGAUAUUUAUGAAAGACCAAUUGCUUUUGAUGAAUUUUAUAGCAUUUUGCGUCAGAGAACACUCAACAGUUGGCAAUCAUCAUGGAACUCAGAUGAACUGGGACGGUGGCUACAUUCCAUUUUUCCUAAGGUAUCGACGAAAGCAUGGUUCAAGGGGUUGGAUGUAGGUCGGGACUUCAUUCGCGUGAUGUCCAGACUUAUGUCCAAUCACUAUACGUUAAACACGCAUCUCUUUCGUAUAGGGCUUGUAGACAGUAAUCACUGCGUUUGUGGCGAUGGCUACCAUGACAUCGAGCAUGUUGUUUGGUCGUGCACCGAAUACUGUGGUGUUAGGUCUGAGCUUAUAGAUUCCCUUCGGGCCCGAGAAAAACAACCGAACGUACCCGUUAGAGACAUUCUGGGAAGCGGUGAUCUCCAGUACAUGACACAGCUAUACGUGUUCAUAAAACACGCUGGUAUUAAAAUAUGAAACUCUUCUAUCUAUUUGUUAGAUUACCAUUCCCGCUACACGCUGAAAGAAGAUGAUACACUAAGCUGGAGACACCCAAACGAAGACUCGGCAUCUUCAUGUUCACGCAGACACCUCAGUCCAAACUGCUCAAAUAGAACAUCACUGCUUAGCCAUGUACAAAUAAAUAAAUCGUAUAACUCAAUAUUGUUGAAAUCAAAAUUGUAACUCCCCUCCUCUCACCUUAAAUCCCCACUAGCUCGUAGUCGGCCGCGAGAAUAAAGAAAAGGCCUCCCUCUUUUCCCUGCUAAUUUAGAACUUAAAAAAAAUGUACUUGGCUCAGUUAAACAUAAAUUGUAUCGUGCCGUGUCAAAUAAACUAUUUAAAAACAAACAAGUAUGCAGUGAAUGAAAUAUACAGUGCAGCACUGAUUUUUAACUCUAAUGUUUGAAUUCAACAUUAUAAAUUUCCCGGUUCGGUAUUUAAAUUCCCGGGUUUUUCCCGGGUCAUUUUCAAAUUUCCGGUUUUCCCGGUUUUCUCGGUUCGCUGGCCACCCUGUUUUGACCAAAAAGACCCUAAAAAUGUUUUCAAAGGACGAUUGAGGUGUUUUACAAUCGACAGGGUGGCCACUCAAAACCCAAAAUGAAAUUCCCGGUUUUUUUCCCGGUUCGUUCAAAUAUUUUACCCGAUUAAUUGUACUUCUGAAUUCUGUAGUUUUCCACAAGUUAAGGAUUGAAAAAAACAUGACUUUCGAUUUACAUCAUAAUAUGCUCAAAGUCACUACUUAAACGUAUUCAGCCUUAUUGGAUUCAAAAAUCAAAUAGCAAAAAUUCGAGGAAUGUGACGGACUCAUCUUUUUCGAGAGAAGAUCUGGUCUACGAGUAUUUUUUUAACCACGCAUAAAAUACUCAUUACAGGGGACUCCAAGGCCAAAUUAAGUUUGAAGGAACCACUCUUACCUCAAGCAUAUAAGAAUCAAUAAAUGAAAGAAUUAUGUCACACAUUUCUUGCAAAACAAACUUCAAUUUAAUCAGGCCAAUCAGAUUUUCAAAACACUUCAAACACAUUACUUCAGCAGCGCACGCAUCUCUUCAUCCAUCAGUGCUGCCUUUUUAUGGAUGCCCGCGAGAAAUUUUGCCUUUUUGGCUUCUAUUGCUUUAAUGGCACUGGCAUUUUUUCCGGGCUUCUUCAUCUUGAUUUGACUGCUCCUUCUUCUUUGUCUUCAUCAAUUUAACAUCAUAGACUUGGUGAUAUCAAUUUCGUACACUUCACCGGCAUCCUGUACUGCAUCGUACACCAAGCGCUGUUCUACAAGGCUUUCCUAAUCCUUGUGGCAUUGCCAUGGGAUUUUUUUUUUAUUUUUUGUGUUAGGGAAAUAGAAUUACGUUGUCCAUUGAUGUGAACUUUUGUAUUAUAUAUCCCAGUCAAUUGCUAUACGUGUCCCCUUGCAAAAUACAAUGACCACUAUUGUUGAGUGAUCAGGUACCUGCACCGACACGCUCCCAGUCAGGUGAAAUAUGGUUUAUGAAGCCAAUCACCUUCCCAGGAUUCAAAGACCAAAUCUCUUUGGGCUGUAAACAGCCACUGCCAAGAAACCUUGAUCUGCGUUUAAAUAAUGCACCACAACUGCACAGCAGAUGUUCCGAUGUCUCGCUUUCCAUAUUACAAAAGCGACAGAUAUCAUCCUGAACCCGGCCAAUGUUCUUUAAAUGAUAUCUACUCGGACAGUGCCCCGUUACUAGGCCGACGUAUGUACAAAGAGCUCUUUUGUUGAGCUCUAGGAGCUUUUUUGAAUGAUUCUCGUUUGGUGUGAUAAAUCUUUUAGAUUGGGAACACUUUUUGACAUCAAACCAAUUGGUUAUCACCUUUUGUUCCUCCCAGCGUUUAAGCUCCAUUUUCACUGCACAGUUUGAUAUACCGCAGAAAGGUUCUGGGCCGAUAAACUGUGAGUUAGAUCCUUGUUUUGCAAGUUCGUCUGCCUUUUCAUUCCCACCAAUGCCACAAUGUCCUGGAACCCAAUACAAAUUUACUAAGUUUGUUUGAAAUAGCUGUCGCAAUGUGAGAAUACAUUCCCAGACUAUCUUGGAUGUACAUUUAUAAGCAUCAAGUGCUUUCAGUGCUGCUUGACUGUCAGAGAAAAUACAAAUAUUUGCAUGUAUGUAUUUCCUAGUCAGACAUACACUCGCACAUUCAAGGAUUGCAAAAAUCUCUGCUUGAAACACUGUUGGCCAGUGUCCCAUUGCCACUGAAAUAUUAAUUCCAGGGCCGAAGAUUCCUGCACCAGUUUUGGUACCUAUUUUUGAGCCGUCUGUGAAAAAUAUCGUUGAACCGGGACGGACAUCAGGAACUCCGACUUCCCAGUCUGCACGCGACGUUUCGCAUACCUUGUAGGGAAUAUCAUGGUUAUCCUGAGGAGCCAUCCAGUCUCCAUUCAUACUCAUCACUGGCCCUCUUUUGAAAAAGUCCAGUAUUGUCAGGUGACCCACAAGAUCACCUGACAAUAUAGUUUUUGUUCUUUUUAGCUUCAAGGCACUCUUUUCUGCUUCUAGUUGCACGUAUUCGUACAACGGCAGCAGAUGAAGAAUUGCAUCAAGAGCUAUUGACGGGGUGCUUUGCAUUGCUCCUGUUAUAGCAAUGCACGCAAGUCGUUGAGCUUUAUCUAGCUUUGUUCUAGCGGUGGACUCUUUGGUUUUUGGCCACCACACUAACGCAGCGUAGGUCAGUUUUGGACGUAUAAUAGAUGUGAAUAUCCACAUUACCAUUUUCGGUCUCAAGCCCCACUUUCUCCCAACGGUUUUGGAGCACAACCAUAAUGCACUGACCACCCUGUUGAUUGCAUAGUCAAGAUGUGCAUUCCAGUUUAGCUUGGCAUCAAGGAUAACUCCUAAGUAUUUAACCUGUUCACUGAAUGGAAUUUCUACUCCUCCAAUCUUGAGAGUUUUUAGAUUGAAUUUCCUCUUUCUAGUGAAGGUACGAUUACAGCUUUUGUCGGAUUAAUGCUGAGACCCUCCUUUAUACACCAAGACUGGGUAUACUCCAAAGCCUCCUGCAUUCUUUCCGAAACUAUGUUGUCGAACUUUCCUCUUACCAAGAUGACUAUGUCAUCUGCAAAGCCCACAACUUCGAAACCUUUUGCUUCUAAGCUUUUGAGAAGAUCGUCCACCACCAAAGACCACAUAAGUGGCGAAAGAACACCUCCUUGCGGACAUCCUUUCGUUGCCCUUAUCAUGAUAGACGAGCCUCCCAACUCAGAAGUGAUUUCUCUUUUUGCAAGCAUGGUAUGAAUCCAGUUAACAAUGCUCGUGUGAAAUCCUUUGUUCUUCAUUGCACUAGACAUUGAAGAAUAGGACGCAUUAUCAAAAGCACCUUCAAUAUCUAAGAAAGAGCACAGAGCAAUUUCUUUAGCUGAAAGUGACUUUUCAAUUUUCAUGACCAGCGUAUGAAGCGCUGUUAUAGUGGAUUUUCCAGUUUGAUAGGCAAACUGGAACUUUGAAAGCGGUUUUGUUUGCAUGUAAGAUGUAUGAAUGAAAUCAUUCAGCACUUUUUCCAUUGUCUUCAACAAAACCGAAGAAAGACUAAUGGGUCUGAAUGAUUUAGGAUGCGUCUUAUCACGCUUCCCAGUUUUAGGUAUAAAGAUUACUCUUACUACCCUCCAUUUUGAUGGAAUAUGAUUCAACCUUAAACUGGCCUUGAAAAUCUCAAUGAGAGAAGGAAUUAGUAUUGCUUCACCUUUUUGAAGCAAUGCUGGAAAUAUUCCAUCUACACUUGCAGACUUAAAAGGCUCAAAGGAUCUCAUAGCACUUUCCACCCUGGUUCUCGUAAAAAUUUCACACGCCACAUCUGAUACAGUAUUUUCCGUUCUAGCAGACCGAGAGCUAGUCUGCGUAGAACAAAUUUCAACUAAAUCAGAGAUGGCUGAAUCCGUCUUUUCAAUAGAACCGGGAAAAUGCGUUUCCAUCAUUAGAUUUAAGGUAUCACGAGGACCACUAGUAUAGAUUCCGUCGUGACGCUUUAGAUUGCCAAGCUCAACGGUAUGAUCUUUGGCAAGAGUCUUUUGUUAUCUAGAAACAACUGGAGUUUUUUUCUAUAGAUUCACACAUUUGAACCCAAGACCUUCUUCUAGAUUUCCGGAUUUCAUUGCUAUAUUCAGUUAAGGCUCUUCUAUAUUGAGCCCAGUCUGAAGUACGUUUUGCUUUAUUAAAAAGUUUCCGACUAUUUUUUCGAAAACUUUCAAGCUUCUUGUUCCACCAUGGCACGUCCCUACUUGAGGACGAUUGUUUGGCGGGACAACUUUUAUUGUAUGCAUUUAUCACCAUUUCAUUUAGCUGAAUUGUCAUAGAUUCCAAUUCUGAAACUGUUUCAAUUCUGCUAUAAUUUAAAGGUGAUUCUUUUCGCAAAUAUUGUGCAUAUUGAUCCCAGUCUGUUUUUUUAGGAUCUCUGUAAGUAACAGCUGAUGGUUUCCCACCAAUCCAUUCAAACAAAAUGUGCUUGUGAUCAGAUAGUGAGGUUUCAUCCGAUGCAUGCCAGUUAACAAUUUUUUUCAGAAAUUGCUGGACUGCAUAGCGUCAGAUCCAAAACUUCACCUCUGAUAGCGUUUGUAAAUGUUGGUUUGUUACCUUUAUUGCAUAUAUCUAUAUUAUUUGACGAGAGAAACUCCAAUAGGCACUCACCACGACCAUUAACACCCUUGCUCCCCCAAACUGUAUGGUGAGCGUUGGCAUCACAGCCUAUGAUGAAUGCCCUAUUAUUGUCUCUGCAAAAUUUGACAAACGAAGCAAUCUCAGGAGGAGGCGCCUCAUUUAUUUCACCUGGAAAAUAAGCCGAAGCAACAAUUACCUCAGUAUUCCCCCUGGUGGUUGGCACCUGAACCAUGACCGCUACAAUAUCUCGUUUUACAAAUUCUGUCACAAAUUCUGCCAUGGGAUAUAAUCAAAGUCCUCUUAAUAAAUAUGGUCAAGUCAGUAAGGUUCUUGCCUGAACCGGCCAUCAGAUCUCUCCAAAAACUAUUGAAGCGCUUCUCGCUACGGUGGUAGGAAAUCAGUAAUGUCUUCAUCGAUUGCAUAGCGCCUGCACUCGAAACAAAUGCACCAUUUUGCACGCCGUCAUGGAAAAUCCGACUGCGACCAUAAGAUUGAUCGGAAGACAACUGAGAAUCACCCAUACAACUGUGUCUCGACUGGUAAAGUCGUUUAAGGAGUUCCAGGCGACCGAGCUGCGGGCUGGAAGUAAAAGAAAAUCGAAGACAGCUGACUCUCUAAAGUUUCGAAAGAUGUUGAAUUAUUUCAAGCGUACUCCGAACCAUUCGAUUCGCGGCUCUGAUCUGAAGGCAGAGUGUUCCACCUAGUUCGUUUAGCAAACAAUGAAACGAGCUGGGUUUCGUAUAUUAAGGUUCGGAAGGCACCAAACCGGCGUGAUCAACAAAACAGAGUGGUUAACGAUAACGAAACCAACAUCGAGACAGACGCAAAGCAGAUACUGGGGCUGGAGUUCUACGUUGCCAAAUCACAGUUCGAUGUUCCAGAAGACCUAAGGAAGAAGUGGACAAAUUCGCCAAAAAAUACAUGCUCUGUUGGAAAACUGAGUAAACCGUACAUCACAACGGGUACCAUUAACAGCGAAAUGUACCGCACCGAGUGCCUCCAGAAGCGUCCAUUACCCUUUCUGCGGUCCCACGGAGGCGAGACAUGAUUUUGGCCGGUCCUGGCAUCAUGCCAUUAGGCGCGAUCGAUGUUGGAUUGCUAUAGAGACAAUAACGUAUUUUUUGUACCAAAAACCACCACCCAAUUUCAUAAUGAAAGCCAAAGUUCGAAAAUCGUCCAAGCUAUUGAGACCGAGUUUGAGUUGAGAUAAAAAUGGAUGAAUGUAACUAAAAAGGUCGACUCCACUGUUGCGCAAAAGGUUAUAAGGGGUCUUAAGGGAAUGGUGCGAGAUUUCAGGGAUGGAAAGGAAAUUGAAUAAAAUAAUUAUGCCGGAACACAAUUUAUAUGUAUUAGUUCAUUCCCUGAAAGUUACAAGAAAAUCCGAAUUAAAUAAAUUUUCGACGAACACUUUUGUCUGGUGCGUUUUCUCGAGUACAAGACUUACUCAGCAGUAUUGUGUUCUCUUGGCGAUAUUCAGUGGAAUUCCCGGUUUUUUCCCGGUUCUAAACAAUUCCCGGUUGUUUCCCGGUUUUCCCGGUUGGGUGGCCACCCUGAAUCGAUAUCUGGUCAUGACGUAAAGUUUAAUUUGCGAGCUGGCAGUCCCUAAUUCUAGAAGCCAGAUAUUACUUAUUGCAGAACCGUCAAGCCCCUCAACCUAGGAGAGAGACAAGCCUUCCAGAAUGGUAAUAAACGCAGAAAUAUUUUCUAUAAAACCUAGGACUGUUAUACUAAUAAUUACGUGGAACAUCCAGAGAUAGGGAUACCAUCCGUCCUGAUUUAGCAGGACAUGUCCUGAUUUUGAAAUCCUAUUUGGGCGUCCUGAUUUAUUUUUCAUAUUCUAGCAUUUGUCCUGAUUUUCCUAAAAUAUUCAAUGUUGUAGUUUGACAAUACGCAGAUUUUUUUUGGAAAUUAAUUUUUUUCCGAUUUCGGGAUACAACGUUCACUGAGAUUGAAUUUUGUGUUCGGUUGAAUCUAUUUGCAUUGUUACGAAAGCUGAGUUUUUGAGAGAAAAUGGUAACUAACAAUGUAUAGUUUUGUAAUAGUAGAUGAAUUUGACAUCUUUUUAUUGAAGAACUUUGUGAAAACAUCCAAAUUUAUUGUACCAUCUCAUAAUAAGCAAUAGUACGGAGUUAUAUAAGAGCGAUUUUUUCUUGGUUUGCUAGUUCACCUUACCAAACAGUCCCAAGCCGUGGUGCGGCCUUUGCUGUACGUGAAAGUCGUCCAAAAGUUCCAUGGCUGCAGCUCGCCAGCUCUGCAGUCUGCGUAGAGUCUACAGGUCGUCUUCAACCUGAUCGAUCCACCUUGCCCGCUGUGCACUCGUCGACCACCUCGAUUUCAUCGCCACCAACUUGAACUCGAGGUGGGAGGUUAGCAUGUCUUCUCGUCAACCCCUUCCUUUCAUGUACUUCGUCUUCGAUGCAUUGAUGACCAGUCCAAUCCGUUUGGCUUCGGGCUUUAGUCCGAUGUACGUAUCCGCCAUCUUCACAAAGGUCCGAGCCGCAAUGUCGAAAUCGUCGGCGAAACCAAACAGUUGAACCGAUUUUUGAAAUAUCAUGUCACUCGUAUUAAGUCCCGCUAUUCUAAUGACACCUUCCAAGGCAAUGUUAUACAGUAGAAACGAGAGACCACACCCUUGCCUUAAACCUUUUCGAGUUUCAAAGGGACUCAAAAGUGCCCCCGAUACUCGAACUACACACAUUACUCGUCGCUUCGUCGCUUUGAACAACCGCGUUAGUUUGUCAGGAAAUCCGAGGUCGUGCAUAAUUUACCAUAGCUGGUCUCGAUGGAUUGUGUCGUACGCCGAUUUAAAAUCGAUAAACUAAUGAUGUGUGGGCACGUUGUAUUCGCGGCAUUUCUGUAUGUCUUGCCGAUCCGCGAAUAUCUGAUCCGUGGUGGCCAGGGCACCCAUGAAUCCCGCCUGGUAGUGCCGGUUUGCUAGUUUAUAUUAGAUCAAAUUUGUGCCAAAAUUAAAGGUGUCUUGAUUUUAAACUCGGACUAGAUGGUAUCCCUAUCCAGAGAACAAAAAAAGAUCGACGUUGUGUGGAACGAACAUCACAUUUUUAUUGGUCAUUCUUAAAGAGCAUAAUAAAAUGAACUCAUUUUUGCAGGAAAAAAAAAACAAGAAAACACUCACUUACAUUAGACUGUUAUGUGAAUAGCAGUAAAUGACUUAAUUGCUAAACAAAAUGAAAAGAUAUUUGAUUUAUUAAUGGUUUUAUUAAUUGCCUAUAAAAAGAUACGAAUCCAUACUAUUCUUCUCUUUCAGGUGCGACGUGAUGCAGCUGCUAAUCCCAGCCAUACGAUUUUCCAGGUUUUGGUAACUUUAUGGGUUCGGUACUACAAUUAAAAAAAAAAGUUUUGAAUUAAUAGAUAAGAUCUGUCGUAAAUGACGCGCUUAAGUCGGACUCGAUCAUCCGGAGACUCGAUUCUCCGGAAUUUUAGAUUCCAUUAUACCCCCUUUUUCCAGAAAAAUAUUUUCUGGCUACUCCGCUUCAUCAUUUAAAUAACGAAAGAAUAUAUAAAUUACGAUCGUUAAUUGCAAACUCGAAUAAUUUUUUAUGAUUCGAUCAAUUUAAGUUUCCAAUCGAGGGACACUCCAACACUGAUAGAACGGAGACGUAAACGGCAACGGCGACCAGGCAACUACACUUAUAGCUCUUACUCAAUAUUAAGUAUAAAUUAAGAAAUUUACCCCUGUAAUGGACUUAUUCCAAGCACCAUUUAGAAUAAAAGUAAAUAUAAAACAAGCGGUGCGAUCAUAUAUCGCAUCAGCAUAAAACGACGGUGCGAUCACCCGCUGCAUCAGCAGAAAAGGGUAUUGCUACCGACGUGUACAAUAAACUGAUCGCUCAGUGCGAUUCAUUCGAGUACCAACGUUCGUCGUGUCUUUACUGCUAGAUGACACUCCCGGGUCCGGCUAGGAAGCCGGACCAUUUUUAGUUACCUCAUGGCGACCGUGACAGUACAUUUCGGCAUUAAUCAAACUUCUCUAAAUAAUUAAAAAUUUAUUAAAUACACACAAAUAACAUGAAACGAAACGAAUUACCCAUUAAGGAGCAACUGCAAAAAAGGCAACGAUAAUACAAGUAAUAGUUUGAAGCUACUGAAAAUGGUAGAGAAUAGGUUAAUCAUUAAUCAUAUCUGAGGCUAUACGAAGAGUGGAAACAGUGAAUGGAUAAAUACUUAGAAACAUGCAAGCAAUCAUAGCUAUUAUCAAAAAAUGAAUUUUUAAAAAGAUGCAAAAAAACAUUGGCGAAUAUGAGAAACGCGAUGCUAAUAGUAAGCAGUAACAGAAAAGGAAGAAAAUUGAGUCACCAUAAAACAAAUAAUCCGGAUUCAAAUCGAUUCAAAUAAAAAUAAUAUUACAAAAAUAAAAUAUUUCAUAACGAAUAAAGAUAUUUCAAAUAAAAGUACAGAGAACAGUAUAAAAAAAAAUAAUAAAUCAGGUUUAUUCUAGGACAAAUAACCCAUUGGAAUAAAUUACGGGUCUUGUGCGUUUUUAUUUUAGUUGAAAAAAAUUGAAGGUUCAAAAUUAAAACAUGCUGGAAAAACAUAUCAGCAAUUCAAACUUAAAUAUUAACUUACUAACCAGCCAAAAAAAAAAUCUAAACUAGGUUAAAAUCAACUUUCAGCUAUUUUCAGUUAUGUUCAAUUUCAUUUUCACCCCCUACACUACAAACUACCUAUGCUCCUCAUUCAUUCCUUGCAGACAAUUAUUCUAUAUUUUCAAAAAAAAAUCUUUAUGAAUUUCACUUUAUUUUAAUUUUUUUAUUCCGGUACACGAGGCUGGUCACUUCUGUGUACCCGAAUAAAGAAACAGCUUUCAUCUUGAGCCUGACCAGCCUAAGGUGGGAGUAACAUUUUAACUUUAACUUGUUUUUGUCUCAUUUUCACUUACCAAAAUUUUUCCUUCAUUCGAAAUAAUCCUUUUCCUCGAGCUCUAAAACUAAACUAAACUAAAAUACUACGAUUAAAAAUUGUCGUUAUGAGAGCGCGGUGAAAGCCUGCAACAAUAAAAAAAAAUAUAUAUUUAUUUAUUUAUUAAAGAGCUGCUAGGUGAAUAGGCUCAAAAUCCCUAGCAGCCUGUCCUGCUAUGCGAAUAGGCUAAAAAUCCAUAGCAAGGCAUAGAAAUUAAGAAAAAUAUAUUCCUGGGAGUCAUGUUAUAAAAUAUAGUAGAAUAGGGUAGCAAGCCUGCGCCCAAUCAAUAAAUAAAAUAUGAAAAAUAAUUGGAUGGAAUUUUGCCCCACAUGCCCGAACCAAAAUGGUUAUCGGAUGCCCGGGUGAAUAAGAAGUGCACGGACUCUAGCGUCUCGUAGCCAUAAUAAUUUAAUUUUUUAAUACCCCGGAUGCCUGGCACUUUAAUGAUGACCAGAAGGACGUCAUAAAAUUAAUAAGAGAUUUAAACUUUAAUCCUUCACGAUCAUUUUCAAUAACUAACUAACUAAUAAACAUAAUCAUAAUUUUAUAAUAUCAUAAAAAUAUUACAAAUUUUUAAAUUAAACACAGCAAAUAGAAAAGCAGUCCAAUUAUAUACCUUAAAUUAAGUAAUUUCAUAACCUAAAAUUUAUACACUUAUUAUUAGUUAACAUAAUAUUGCUAACCUUUUCAUUGGUUUACUAAUCCUUAUUAUUCCUAAUUCCUAAUUAUAUUUCUAAUUAUAUUUCAAUUCGUUUUAAUAUUUUUAUCUAAAUUAUCUUUAUCCAACAAAUUUAUUCAACAGUACCAACUCAUAUAUAACCAUAACAUUACAAAAUAUGACAUAAAAAUAAUUAUCACAUUUUCCUUAUUUUCACAAACAAAGCAAUAACCAAACUAAAACAUUACAUGACAUUAAAACAAACGUAAAAAAAUAACCUAACCUAAAUUAAAAAAAAACACAACAAACAGUUUUUCCAUAGUCACGAAAUAUGUGCUAAACAAUUCUGCUAAACCUAACUUUAGAUAAUAUAAAUUUAUGUGUUUAUGUAACAUGGUUAGAAAUAUUGCAUUCAUAUAUUUUUGUUCUCAUCUGAUUAUACUUAGAGUAUAGUCUGACAGAGCAACUAUAUCAAUGCAAAUUCUACCAAAUUACAUAAUCAUUGUCUCACUAAUUUUAAAAACAUUUAUAAAACAAAUUACAUAAAUCAGUCAUAAACCGAACAGAUUAGCAAAAGACUCAUCAAUAACACUGUAAUAUUUUGUAAGAUUCAUUUUUUUUAAAGAUCAUGUAAUUUUAUUUUCAUUUAACUAUAAUCCGAUAACUUUCACAAUACUAGCAACAACAACAAAAAGUUGCAAAUAAAAUACAGAAUAAACAACACAAGACGAAUCUCACAUCUUAAAACAAAAAAAAACCUUAUAAAUAUCUAUAAAAACAUUUUCCUUAAAAAAAAAUCUUAAAUUUCAACUUUAAGACCUCCUAUAACAACAAUAAAAAUAGAUAUUAAAAUAAAUGAUAUAUAAGAAUAUUAAACGUUUAAGAAAAAAAUUUUUUUUGUUUAUUUUUCUUUCGCAAAUGACCAAAUUAUAAUAACCCAUAACAAAACUUUUUCAACUUAUAACGAAAACAAAUUACCACUAAUUAAAUAGAACUUAUUAUGUAGAUUAAUUAUAACACCUAGAAUUCAAAUCAUCUCUAAGUACAAAACCAAUUUCAAAACCUUAGCCAACCCUACAUUAAUUACAUUUACAAAAUAAUUACAUAAAUACAUUUCAUCAAUUGCACAUUUAUUAUCUUUAAAGCAAAAUCUUAUCCUUACAGCAAGAUCAAACACAUAUAUUCAAUCAAAAAUAAAAAAAGAAACAAAUUCUUUUUUCAACACAUAGCGAUGCAACGUUACAUAACUUCAAAUUUCUAGACAAUCUUCAUCAUCCACAAUAGAUUGGAGCGUUCAUGAAAGAUCACAGACAUCUCAAUAAAUAGCAUUCGUUGUUUUGCUUUCGUCUCGAUUAGACGCAAAUUGUUCAUCUCCGUUUGAGUUUGCAAAAUAACAAUACACGAGUUAUCGUACGGGUGUUUUUUUGUCGAUUAGUUCUUGUGCUGCGCGAUAACAAUAGCCGGUAGUUUAUCGGCAGAAACAUCUUCUGCACACUGGUAGGGGCAGGCUACCCCGCCAGUGAUUCGAUACGCAGCUGAUAUAUCAGCAAGAAUAAUUCUCCCGCACCGCUGUUACCCCGCUAGCAGCACGGACCAUCAUACGAUCGAGCGAGUGGAAGUCAACUACAAGUGGCAUCUACAAGGUCGCGUGUAGGACACGGCCACUGCGUCUCAACACGAAGCUGGAUCGUCAUUGUUUGUUCUGCGGAGACGCUCGAUUAAUUCUACUAUCAGCCGUGAGGUCGUGACUUAGACGUUCGGUGACGUAUUACCUUUAGAAUUUUUACUAUUAUUAUCAAUAUUAUUACUAUGUUAUAAUAUUAUUAUUAAUAUUAUUAUUGAUAUUAUUAUUGUUAUUAUUAAUAUUAUUACUAUAAUUAUUAUUAUUAUCAUUAUUACUAUUGUUAUUAGUAUUAUUAUUACUGUCUUUUUUUUAUUUGAUCCAUUGUAGAUUGAAAAAUUGUUUUUAAAAUUUAACAUCAACUACUUGAAACCCCCCCCCCAUAUUCGAAUAUUUAUCGUUUGUGUGCGGUAGAGCGUAACGCUCCCGCAAAAUGGACGACAUGCAGGUGCAACUUUUCCUGGAGGUGGAAACAAACGGGGAAGAAAUUGAAAUUUCUCCCAUCAGCUCACCCCUACCUUCCCCUGUGCCCUCCCCUUUGCCAAGUCCUGUACCAAGAGUACCGAAAGUACGGGUAAAAGCUUACCCAGAUGCCGCUGGCGGUCCCUACGUUGUUUUUUUUCCGGCCCAUAAAGAAGCCAUUGAAUAUUAUUCAAAUUGGCAAAGACCUAGCAAAACAUUUUUCGGCCGUAACCGAGAUUACGAAGGUGAGGCCGAACAAACUGCGAGUUGUCGUGAGUAGCUUGAAGCAAGCAAACGAAAUUGCUGGCUACGAGCUCUUCACGAGAGAGUAUCGCGUGUACAUCCCUGCCAAGGAUGUAGAAAUCGACGGUGUGGUUACCGAGGGGAAUCUCACUGUCGAUGACAUUUUGCGUCAUGGAGUUGGCUGUUUUAAAAACCCCUUGAUGCAAAGUGUAAAGAUACUGGAUUGCAAGCAAUUGCAUUCAGUAUCCAUCGAAGAAGGGUAGAAGAAAUUCCUCCCUUCGGAUUCCUUCCGAGUAACAUUCGCCGGAUCCGCGCUGCCGAACUACGUCCGCUUGGACAGGGUUCGUCUACCUGUACGCCUGUUCGUACCGCGGGUCAUGCAUUGCCAAAACUGUAAGCAGUUAGGUCACACAGCCACCUACUGCUGCAACAAGGCACGCUGUAGCAAGUGCGGAGGCAAUCAUGCUGAGAACGCUUGCAGUGGGGAUACUGAAAAGUGUCUUUAUUGCGAGGGAACUCGGCAUGACCUUCCGGCAUGUCCCGCGUACAAACAGCGCGAGGAAAAAAUUAAGCGUUCCCUUAAGGAACGAUCAAAGCGCUCUUUUGCAGAAAUGGUUAAGAGGGCUGAGCCACCCUCGACAGGAAACAUCUUUUCCUUUUUGCCAACCGAUGAGGGUACAUCUGACGAUCCCGUCGAAGGGUGUUCCUAUGCCUUGCCAGAGGGAUCUAGGAAGAGGAGAAUGCUCAACUCUCCUAAUCUUACUCGUAAAGGUCGUAAGAUAACCCCUAGCGGAAUGACCAAUAAGACAACACAAAAAGGAAGCGGUGAAGAAAAACUGAAGCAAGUACCCCCCGGUUUUAAUUUCAAAUCAAACCAGGAGUACCCACCGCUUCCUGGGGCACCAAAAACCCCUCGUGCACCCAUUUCUCGAUCAGAAGACAUAAAAGAAACAGGGUUCAUAAAAUUCUCUGAUAUUGUGGACUGGAUAUUUAAAACAUUCAACAUACCAGAUCCCCUUCAAAACAUUCUUCUUGCCCUUCUCCCAACAGUGAAAACCUUUUUGAAGCAACUCACAGCAACUUGGCCCCUCAUUUCAGCUAUCGUAUCUUUCGAUGACUGAUACGUUAAAAGAGGUUAGGAAUUCUGUCACUGUGUUACAGUGGAACUGCAGAAGUAUCAUCCCCAAAUUUGAUUUAUUUUCACAUUUGAUAAACACAUACAAUUGUGAUGCGUUCGCGCUUUGUGAAACUUUUCUCAAUUCAAAUGACCAACUUAAUUUCCACGAUUUUUACAUCAUUCGUCGAUAUCGAGACUCACACGGUGGAGGGGUACUUUUAGGGAUCAAAAAGUGCUAUUCUUUUUUCAGAAUCGACCUCCCCUCGAUCUCGAAUAUUGAAGUUGUUGCCAUUCAAACGAAUAUGAAUGGAAAAGACCUUUGCCUUGUUUCGUUAUAUAUUCCCCCAUCCGCGCGGAUUGAACAGGAGCAACUCCUUGAUAUAGCAGAAUUGCUUCCCGCACCUUUUUUGAUUUUGGGAGAUUUUAACUCUCACUGUUCGCUAUGGGGGUCGCUGUACGACGACAACCGAUCUUCUUUAAUUUGUAACUUGAUCGACGACUUCAAUAUGACACUUUUGAAUACUGGGGAAGCGACACGUGUACCUAAUCCUCCAGCACGUGAAAGCGUGCUUGACCUAUCCCUCUGCUCGACAUCACUUGCGUUAGAUUGCCAGUGGAAAGUAAUCAACGAUCCCCACGGUAGUGAUCAUCUCCCAAUCGUUAUAUCAAUUGCUAAUGGUUCAACUCCCCCGAACCCAAUCAAUAUUUCCUACGACCUUACACGUAAUAUUGAUUGAAAGCGGUAUGAGUCUAUUACAGCGGAAUCUAUCGAGACUCACGAGGAACUUCCUCCGGAGGAAGAAUACGCGUUCUUAGCUGGCUUGAUAAUCGACGCCGCGACGCAAGGUCAGACGAAACCGAUACCCGGGGUAACGAUUAGACAACGCCCUUCCAACAAAUGGUGGGACAAAGAGUGCUCUGAGCUGUACGCGCGAAGGUCCGCGGCGUAUAAGGACUACCGGGAGUACGGCACUGUCAACCUACUACGAAAGUACGAGGCACUGGGCAGGCAGAUGAAGAGCUUAGUAAAGGCGAAAAAACGCGGGUACUGGCGGCGGUUCGUAAACGCGUUGUCGAGGGAAACAGCGAUGAGCACUCUUUGGGAUACCGCCAGGCGCAUGCGGAACCGUGACGUUUCGAAUGAGAGUGAGGAGUAUUCAGAUCGCUGGAUACUCGAUUUUGCCAAAAAGGUCUGUCCGGAUUCUGUACCGGAACAGAAAACCUUUCGCGACGCGUUUAUAGUAACUACGGAAGAGCCUCCAUUUUCGAUGUUGGAAUUUUCAAUGGCUCUCCUGUCGUGCAACAAUAAGGCUCCAGGGUUAGAUAGAAUAAAAUUCAACCUGUUGAAGAAUCUACCCGACUCUGCAAAAAGACGCUUGUUGGAAUUGUUCAACAAGUUUCUUGAGCUAAAUAUUGUUCCGCAUGACUGGAGGGAGGUAAAAGUCAUUGCUAUUCGGAAACCCGGGAAACCUGCCUCUGAUCACAAUUCAUAUAGGCCGAUUGCGAUGCUCUCUUGCCUCCGGAAAUUAAUGGAGAAAAUGAUCCUCUUACGGUUAGACAAAUGGGUCGAAACAAACGGGUUACUUUCAGAUACUCAAUUUGGCUUUCGCCGGGGCAAAGGGACGAACGAUUGCCUAGCGUUGCUUUCUACUGAAAUUCAACUCGCAUUUGCUCGAAAAGAGCAAAUGGCUUCUGCGUUCUUGGAU